AUGUGCCCUACUGUACAGGAGGCACUCGCUGCUAGUGAUGCUGCUGAAGAGGUACAUGAGCUGCAAAUGAUAGACGCUGUCGUGCGCGCCUUCGCUGACCACAUCGGCCGCAGCAGCGUGGACUACCAAAAGUUUCAAGAGAUGCAGCGGAUCUACUGCCAGACAAAUCUGGAGGCGCAGGGGAUUAGCGAUACCCGAUGGCUCGCCCGUGGUGAAGCGAUACAGCGCCUGCUCGAUGUGCUCCCUGCGGCCAUAGUGGUGCUGAAGGACUACAAGGCGGAACUGUACGAGGUGGUUACCUCGUUCAAGUUCCACUGGCUCAUCCGCUUUCUUGCGGAUGUGCUUUGGGAACUUAACUGCCUCAACCAGUGUUUCCAGCAGCGCCAGGUGGACGUUACCCUUGUUGCGCACAUCGUGCAGCAGACAAGGAUGCGUCUGAAGACGCGGUAUUCCCUCCGCGACCCUGCCCACAGUUUCGGCAGCGGGGACAAGAUGCAGCUGCCAGAAUUCAUUCAGAGGCACCAGGCGAAAGAUAAGCACGAGAUGAAGGCGGAGGGCGUAGACGCGGAUGGGAAUCCCGUCUCCUUUAAAUUCACGCUGCACGAGCGGCCUCUCCCAGGACAUGAAACGGAUGGCGAUGUCACGGCGUGCGUCGAGCUGUCGAUCAAGUAUGUGCGCGCCAUUGACGCCGAGCUGGAGUGGCGGAUGAGCGACCUGCAGCUGCUGGAAGGUGUUAAGAGAGUACUUGGAGCCAUGGCUAGAGAGGAUGGUUCAAGUGAUAGACUAACAAGAAUGUCGAGAUACAAAUGA